UGUGAUCCUGGCACUUGGGGCAACCAAUGCCUGUCUCAGUGCGCCUGCGGCCUUGACUCCGGCGGCCGAAGGAUAGCUUGUGAUCCGAUAUCGGGCCGUUGUCCUUGUAAGGCUGGCUACCAAGGCGCCAAAUGCAACAUACAAGCGCUUGGAGUCACGCUGUAG